AUGCAGGCUCUUCGGCGCUGCUCGGCAGUGUUGCCUGCUAGGGCAGCACCAGCUGCUACUGCUAUCCUGAGCCAGCCCCGCUGGACGGCGCACGAGGCACGCGAACAAGUGCCUCGAAGCUGCAUCCUGGCGCGGUGGACAGGGGCCGGCGCAGCGCCAACGCAGACAAGUCAGAGCCUAUUGGGCAAAGGCAUGAGCUUUGCCUCUGGCCUGCUGCGUGACGCCUCUCCCUCCAUCCGCAGCGCCUCUACAAACGUGACCAUCGACUCCACCGUAGGUGACGUUUUAUGGGACCUGUGCGAACGCAUGGACUACUACGUCCAGUACAAUAUUCCCUCCAGCUGGCGGGUGACAGAGCUGCUGCGCGACAACAGUAUUGCCAUCCAGUGUAGUCCACCACUGUCAAUGGAGGCCUCGGGGGAGUCGGGUGUCGCCGUGCAUGGCAUCUCACUUAACUGCUUUGCAUAUAAGCAGCGCGUAAAGCAGGCAGACAGCGUUCGGCUUCUGCACAUCUUCCUGAAGCGCUUCAACGCGUCGGUGAACAACUCGCUGGAGCUACUCUCCGAGGGCUAUCCGCCGCCUCUGCCAACGGAGAUGAGAGUGCCCUCCAAGGGCAACAGUGACAGUGCUGUGAAUACCAGCACACCGACGAGCACUCAGGCGCGCGACGCCGGCAACAAAGAGGGCAUGUGCCAGAUGCUCGCCAAGCAGCUGAAUAGCGCGGUGGCGGAGGUCACUUUUACGCCAGCCCCUGGUCAGCCGCUUGCCCAUAGUCUGUGCCGCGCCUUCUACAACUCCAAUGGCCGAUUUCACUACGUCAUCGUCGUUGCGGUGCCUGAGGAAGAGUACGCCAACUCGGUCGAUCUCAUGAUCCACGCCUUGGCUUCGGUUGUCGAGAGUCGUGUGGAGGCUGCGGCGAAGCGGACAUAG